AUGUACUGGGCUGAAGCCAUUUCCACGGCUGUUUAUGUGAGAAAUCGAAUGCCUACGACAGCAAUCAAAGGGAAUACAACGCCGUACGAGCGAUGGUAUGAAAGAAAACCGAACGUCAGUCAUUUACGUGUGCUUGGGUGUAUGGCCUUCGCCCAUGUUCCAGACAGCAAACGACAAAAAUUGGACAAGAAAGCGGAAAGACUACGCUUUGCUGGUUAUUGUCGUACGUCAAAAGGAUACCGUUUGUUCGAUGAAAUCAAGCGAAAGAUGGUCGUCCGAAGGGAUGUCGAGUUCAAUGAAAACAAGGAUGAAAUGAUGACGACAAAAUCUCAAGAUCAAACGACAGAAGACGUGAAAGAAGAAACGGUGGAAUUCGAAGAAGAAAAAGUGGGAGAAGAGGUAACCACAGAACCAAGGACUUCUGGUAGAACACGGAAAGCACCUGUCAGAUAUGGAUACGAUGAGUACGCAGAGACUGCUAGUCCUGUACAUCCCGCACGUCAUGUCGCUUACAGUGUAUGUGAGAUAGAAGAAUCCUCGUCCAUGAGCAAAGCUAAAGAAAACCAACACUCGAAAGAAUGGAUGGCUCCUGCCGACUCAGAAUACAAUUCACUGAUGGAAAACAAGACCUGGAGACUUGUACAGUUGCCACCCGGUCGAACAGCGAAGCACGAUUCUGAUGGAAGAGUACAUAGUUUCAAAGCGCGACUAGUUGCCACACGAUAUGCUCUUGGACUAGAACUUAUUGUUUAA